AUGACAUCAAAGUCAACUCCAGAAGCAGAGAAGCCCGAAAAGCACUCUCACUCUGUAUUUGAAGCUGUCUUGGAAAGGGUUGAAACUGUCUUUGGGCAUGGCAAUCACAAUCAGUUUACUGCCAAACAACUACAACGCAACGCGAAAAAGUGCCAAAAGGAUGAAGUCUUGGAACGAGCCAAAGUAAAGAAGGCUCUUCAACAGCAGAAUACCGAAGGUGCCAAAAUAUAUGCUGCAAAUGCUAUAAGGAAGAAGAAUGAAGCAUUGAACUUUUUGCGGCUAUCUUCGAGAAUUGAUGCUGUGGCGUCUCGUGUACAGACUGCUGUGACUAUGAGGGCUGUUACUCAGAGUAUGGCUGGUGUAGUCAAGGGUAUGGACAAGGCUAUGGAGGCUAUGAAUCUUGAACAGAUUUCUCAAGUGAUGGACAAAUUUGAAAAGCAAUUUGAAGAUCUGGAUGUACAAACAGGAUAUAUGGAAAACUCCAUGGGUCAAACCACUGCACAAACAACACCACAAGAUCAAAUCGAAGACCUCAUUCAACAAGUUGCAGACGAAAAUGGUCUUGAAUUACAAAUGGCCAUGCCCGGUGCCGCAACGAAAACACUGGGUACAGCUACAGUCGAAAAGGAGCAUGAUGAAUUAAGUGAACGACUUGCAAAGUUGAGGAAUGGUUGA